AUGGAACGUCUCCCUCCGGAACUCCUGCACAACAUCGUCGGUUACCUCGAAGACACACCAUCCCUCUCAGACUGCUCUCUGGUUUCGCGAAAGCUGCACUCAGUCGUCCGGUCUCAGUUGUUCUCUGCCAUAGACCCGCCUGAUUCAGAGGGGGACUUCGAACUUGUUACGCAUUUCCUCGCCCGCAACAUCGACAUCGUCCAUCAUAUCCAUAAGCUCUCUCUGGGGCCGAACGCCGGCGAGGAUAGCUCUAUCACAACAGGCCGUAUCCUUGAAGUCGCCACGAGCCUUCCACGUCUUAGGCAUCUUCACCUUCUUGGACUGAUCAUCCUGCCUCCCCCGGUCGAGCCUCGUAUCACCAAGUUUAACGGGGAAAGGCACCACCUGGAAACCUUGCUUAUCGCGGACUGCGCCGUCGGCAUGAUUCCUCUGUUGGCCUUGCUCUCCCUUUUUCGAGUCGACCAUGCAGAGGUCCACUGGACACCGACUAUGAUGGUCAACCCGGAUGAUUCCAUAGACGCAGACCAGCUCGUUCCACAAGGCCCGAUUGAAGAGGCCAUUCCUCCCUUCGACAUCGCUUCCUUCUUCCUCAAGUGCGCGGAUUACCAACCUAGCCGUCCCAAACCCCCGAUCGGCGAAGCCCUGCGACAACUUUUGCCUCGCUCUGGCAUGCACACCUUUCGAUUCGAAGACGAACUGAUGCUGGAGUGUUACCUCGAAACGCUUCCCGUCAUGUUGCGCGACAUUGGACACACUAUUAUCAAUUUCGAUGUCGCGCCUCUUUCUCCUCAAAGCUACAACGUUCUCGCGCAGACUCUCCCCCUCUUACCCAACCUACGUUCCUUCAAGUGCGACACUGAAGGCAGUUUGUACGCCUAUCCGAACGGGAUGGACGUCUCAGCCAUCGAAGACCUCGCUGGCGAGGUCCUUUCAGCUCUUCCUACGCGACUGACACGCCUGGAACUCUGCAUCACGUACUUCCCCGAUGUCGACCUCAACGACGUCCAUGAAGACCCCGUUCUGGACCAAACGCCCUGGGGCGUCGUCUCGAACGUGCUGCAGCACUUCCCCGAGCUGAAGCUCAUCUUUGAGGUCGUGGACACCUCGGUGUCGGAUGACUUCCGUCCUCCGGCCCCGGUGGAAGAUGCGCACCUCGUCCUCGCCCAGCUUUUCCCCGCCUUCCAUGCGAGGAGAGCGCUCGAAGUCCACACCAGCAGGUUCCGCGAUCUGGAUUUCGGCCCCACGCGGGAACUCUAG